AUGAUUAUUUUACUUCCUUAAAAAUACUCUCUAAACCUUAUUGGAGAUAUCCUCUCAAAUUAAGUUAUGAUUGAAUUCGAUGAAAUAUAAGUACAAUAAUCAAGAGAAUCCUUCUUAACAUUUAUCCAGAAUACUCAAUAAUAAAUAUAUGGUUUCAAUACUCUUCUUGGAUAGAAAAUGCCUUAACCUAUAAAGGAUCUCUAAAAUUAUGAAACCAAACAAUUAAAGCAAUUAUUAGAAUGCAAUUCUGUUGAUUAAUUGCAAUAAGAUCUUACUAAAAUUACUUUGUUUGUGCUUAUUAACAAUUUAAUUCUAAAUAGUGGAAUCAGUCUAAAUGUAUUAAGAUAACUCAAAGAACUCUUUAAUACUCAAACACCAUUACACUUACCAUCAUCUAAUUUUAAUACAUAAUAUUAUGAUGGAAGUGUAAACUGGGCCAUUUUAUAAUCACUAAAAAACUUAAGCGAAUAUGAUACCAUUAUCAUUAUAUUAACUAAAUCCCUCUCAUUUGCUACUCUCUUAUACAAUACACAUAGGAGUUUGAAGUGCAUUAAAAUGGCAUUCAUAACAACUUCUAUAUCUUUUGAGGCUACUAAUGGAGUCAUCUGUGCAUUUACUUAAUUAGUAAAUGAAGUCAAAUAGCAUUAAGGUUAAAUGGAAGUUGCCUAAGAAUUAUAUAAUCUAUUGACUGUAGAUGAUGAAGAAUCAGAUCUAAAUUUAAGUUUGAAGAGAAUCACUCAUAAUAUACUAUAAGAUGCUUAUUCAACAAGAUGCAUUCCUUAAGUAAUUGGAGCUGCAUUAGAUUAAAUUAAAUUCAUUAUUAAUAGGAUUGAAUCAUAAGAAAUAGGUUAAAGAGCUUAUGAAUUUGAAUUUAAUAACAAUUCAUAAAUAAUCAAAGAUAUCAUCUAUAAUGAAUAAAACAAUAAUGAAACUGAAUUGUUAUUAAUAGAUUAUUUAGCCAUUGCUGUUUCUGAGAUUGGAGCAAUCACCGAAGUAUUUAUUCUAUUUUAGUAUUUUAGAGAAGAAUUUAAAGAUUGAUGAAUCCAAAAUUGACAAAAUUAUAGGAAUAUUAUGAAGAAUAUUUAAGAGAUGAGUAAUCCUUAUUUGGCUAUCAAUAUCUAGCUAAUUAAGCAAGCAAUUUAAUAUAGAAAAAUAAGAAGUAUUGUCAUCCUGUAUCAUGUGAUUCUAUGCCUCAAACUACUCAUUUAGAGGAUAUUAAUAAUAAUUUUGAAGAUUCUAUAUUGAAAAUGUAACAUAUCACUAAUAAUACAAAUCAAAUAUUGGCUAUUGAUAUGUUUCUGAGUUCAAGAAUUAUAAAGAAAUUGGAAUCAAAGGAAGGUAAAUUAAUUCAUGAAAAAUUGAAUGUAAUAGUUUAGUAAGUGUUACCUAUAGAGAAUACAAUAUAAGUUGCAUAAUGGUUAGAAUAAUUUAUAUAAUUGUGA